AAGACACACAAGUGCAGGAUCCUUUUGGCUUGUCAACAUGGGCGACAAACACUAUCAAGGGUUUGGAGAUUUCACAGAUUCAAAUGAGAGGAGGAUUGUUCUAGUUGGGAAGACUGGAGUCGGGAAGAGCGCGGCAGGAAACACCAUCCUGGGGAGAGAAGCAUUCGAGUCAGAACUGUCUCCAUCUUCCCUAACCGCUGAAUGUCAGAAAGCCAAGGGAGACAUCAGUGGUCGAAAGGUCGCAGUUAUUGACACUCCAGGGCUGUUCGACACAAAUUACACCCAAGAAGAAGUGUUGAAGAGGAUCAAGAUGUGCAUCUCUUUUUCUGCCCCUGGUCCUCACGCCUUCCUGGUGGUUCUUCAGCUGGGCAGGUUCACCCAGGAGGAGCAGGACACUGUGAAGAUGAUUCAGACCACCUUUGGGAUAGAUGCAGCUGAAUACACAAUGGUGUUGUUCACACACGGUGACCAGCUGAGGAACCAGACCAUUGAAGACUAUAUUUCACAGAGUCCAGAACUGAAGGCCCUUAUUUGGAAGUGCAAUGAUCGAUAUCAUGUUUUCAACAAUGAAGUGAAAGACCCCGUACAAACAAAUAAACUCCUGGAUAAAAUUGACAAGAUGACUAUGGCUAACGGCGGAAGCUACUACACCAACGAAAUGUUCACGAGAGCAGAGGCAGCCAUCGAAAAGGAGAAACAGCGACUCCUGAAGGAGCUGGAAGAACAGAAGCAGAAAGAGCUGGAUGAACUGAGAGCCAAAUAUAAGGGAACAGCCUACCACACAGAGGAGAAAAGGAUGCAUGUCAGAUAUAAUUAUGAAGCCAGAGCUCGAGCUGAAAGAUCAAAUGAGUUCACCGCUGCUCCAGCAGUAGCUAUAGCAACAGCCUGUGGUGCUGCCAUUGGAGGUUUGCUUGGAGUUGCGGCGGGCCCAGUCGGUUUGGUAGUUGGAGUCGCAGCUGGAGCAGCUGUCGGAGCUGGUGUUGGUGCUUUAUCGGUCAGAGUCUCAGAGCGAUGCCAUGUGCAAUAAGAACAGUAAAGCAUAGAGUUGAAUACUGGUGGUUACAUUUGAUGUUUUACUGCACUCCAGUUACUCCAGCUUGAAACUGUUCUUAAGUAAACUCUUCAAGAUCCUCUCCAGAUAUGUUUUUAGACAUAAAAAUAUCCACUGCUUGGAAGUAUGAA